AUGUCGACGUCGUCGCAGAAUAAGAGGAAAGCGAAAAGAGACGUAGACGACGAGUAUGCUGGUGUUACGACUACAUCAAAACGGGAGAAGACUGUGAAGAGUGGACCCUCAAAGCGGGGAGCCGAGGCUGAGGAAGAGACGGAGAAAGAUAGAAGAGCAAGGUUGGCUAAGGAAAGGAAGAAGGCCUGGAAGGACGAGGCCAAGAAAAUGAUACCUUGGAAGUACACCGCUACUUUCGUGAUACCACAAGGAGUGAAGACGAUUCUCAAAGGUGACGCGAAGAAGAAUUAUAAGCUUAAUGAUGGCGAUCUUAAGUCCCUUCCCUAUGAGCAGCGGCUGGGGAUGAGAGGCUAUACUAUGAAGCUUUAUUCUCUUCCACAAGUCCAAGACAUUUGUCGAAGAAAGCACGGCCCUGAGGCAGUAGACGGAGCGAGGAAUCUCGUUGAGUACCCUGACAGAAACCACGACGGAACUGGUGCGACUAUCGCCCGAUUGACCAAGAAAGGCCGAGAAUUUUUCGACGAGAGGGAAGAGAACGAAGCACGGAAGAAUAGACAAGUCCUUACGGACUGUUUGACGCUUUGGGUUCCAGACCAUGCUGAGACGCCUGCGUCUUAUGAACUUCCGACCUUCGAAUGCACGAAAAGCUCUUUACCGAAUAACUUUGCUAUGAGACCUGGGUCGAGGCUUAUCACAGAGUUAGAAGCUAUGAACCUUUUCCUGCUGCGUCGAUGCGAACUUGAGGGUCUCAAGAGGAGGAGUAUUAAUAACGGUUUUGCCCUCGAUUCACCGGAAGGGUUGAAUUACAACGAAGUUCAACAGCGCGCGAUGGAUUGCCAUGGCGGCUUUGAUGGACACAACCAAAAAGUUCUUGAUCUUUCAAAUACAGCCGUUUCAAAAAAUUAUUGGGACUGGGGAACCUUUCCCGAGGACUUGAUGAUCGAAUUUGCUCUUAGCCCAAUUGCGCUGAAGAACAAAUGUGACAAGACUGAGUUGAAUGACAAGGCCUUUCUUGAGGUUUGGUGGCCUCCCUAUGACCCCAUCGGUGACCAAUUUACACGCGUGGUCUGCGCUCCAGGGCACUGCGAUGGCUGUAGGAUAGAAGCUGCGCUAGAUUUUGUAGUCUAA